CCAACAGGCCGAACACACUCCCACCACCUCUCUCUCAGCUUUCAAAUAUCGCCGGCGAUCACCCAUCACCACCACCUCUCGACAGCUUAAAUGGCUCCAAGAGUAAUGGACACUGCCCUAGCCCUGGCUUUCAUGUCGAUGCUCUUGGCCCAUGCCUCUGCCCAAUCCGGCUGCACGACGGCGAUCGUGAGCCUCGCGCCUUGCCUGAGCUACAUUACCGGCAAUUCUUCGACCCCAUCCUCCUCAUGCUGCUCUCAGCUAGCAAACGUUGUAAAGUCGCAGCCUCGGUGCCUCUGCACGGUACUCAAUGGCGGCGCAUCGCUCGGGAUCACCAUAAACCAGACCCGGGCCUUGGCCCUCCCUGGAGCCUGCAAGGUCCAAACACCACCCGUCAGCCAGUGCAAUGCUGUGGGCAGUGGACCAGCGGAAUCUCCUAAAGCUCCAAGCACUCCGGCGACUCCAUCCACACCAUCGACCCCAGCAAACCCUUCUCCGGAGACCCCAUCGACGCCGUCGGUUCCAAGCGGUCCUUCAGAAAGUGGUUCCAAGACCGUCCCCGCGACUGCUGGUGCAUCCUCGGGCAGAAGUUCCAAGAAGUCAGGCCGUUCUGUGAUGAUCUCCAUCCUCUUUCUUGCUGCAUGCGUCUCACUCGCCAGCUUCUAGGUCUGCGGCAUGGUGUAGAUGGUGUUUUGCUGCUUAUCCGAUUCUGUCGCAGCCUUCUGUGUGCUCUUCUGUUCUUUCUCCUGACCUUGGUUCUGUAUGCACACUCGGGAUACUUUGUACAAGCUCGUCGGAUGUUUUGAACGCAUGCUUUUUGAUUUUGAUUUGCUCAUGUACAUUUCUUUGUGGUUAAUCCAA